GAUGAGAGUGCGCGCCUCGGGAAAUUGAAAACGGUUUGCCAGUGACCCAUUUUUGAACUGAGAUUAAUGUAGUUUUCGCAUCUUCCCGCGUACACGUAAAAAGUGUAUGUUGUUUGGCAUUACCGUAGGGUAACGCUUCGUGUGGCACCGGCUUGUGGCUUCGAGUGGCUAGUUUCCAGCGGCAGUAGUUUUUCGUGUUUUUCUCGACGCAGGAUGGAAAAUCACAGGCCGCAGUAUGCGGUUAUUGCUGGGCUGUGUGCUUCAUCAGCCAGCUUGUUCGGAAAACUAACGUCCAACAGCCAGCGAGUGGCGGAAAACAUCGGACUCCCGGGGUGGCACUUGCUGGCGCAAGUGCUGUGCGUAGCGAUCAUGAUCCUGCUGAACGGUUGCGUAUGGCGGUUUUUUGUUAAAGCUCUUCACACCGGAAACGGAUCGUCGCUGGUGGCAUCGUUGGUUAGUGCAGCAACGAAUUACGUCGCCUCGGCACUACUUGGUUGGUUAAUUUUUGAUGAGCAAAGCACGAUCGUCUGGUGGUUUGGUACAUCGCUGGUUCUUGCCGGUUUGCUGCUCAUCUUAAGCGGAACCGACAACGAAGAACACUACCAGCAUCAGCGGCAAGUGCAUAAGGACAAAUGA